AUGUCAGGACAGAGGAUCCUGAGAAGGUUCCCCUUUGCCCUGAACCUCGGCACCGACAUAUGUAAUGUGAAUCGGAUCCGCGGAAUCUUGGAAUCCUCCAGAGGUGUGCGCUUUGUCCAGAGGAUUCUCAAUGAGGAUGAGAGAGGACAUCCGAAGAUACAAUGCAUCCUCAACAACGGGACCCCUCUGAGCAUUAACCAGUCAGCCAAGAGUCCUGCUCCGAUGAUAAAUCACCACGCCGAAGUUGCGGCGGCCUAUGAAAAGAAGCCCAGUCCGUCGAAGCCCGCACCAAAUCUCGACAAAAUGCAACUCGCCGCCACGUUCAUGGCUGGAAGGUUUGCCGCAAAGGAGGCUGUCAUCAAAGCCCACCCGCAAAAGAAUCUGACCUGGCAUGGUAUCACCAUAUCACACCAGGCCUCGACACACGCAGACAGGAAGGGCGCCCCAGCGGCUAUUAUCAAGGGCACUGAUGAGGACUAUGAGGCCCUCAUCAGCAUUAGCCAUGAUGGGGACUACGCAACCGCCGUAUGCCUCGGUGCCCAACACGCGAGCCAGGCGGAGGACUGA